AUGAGUGGCAACGGUAAUGCUCUCCUCCUCGGCCACCACUUAUCCUCCUACACCGGGGCAGGCUCGGCCUUCGCCAUUCCCCAGCUCCUCCAAAUGGACAAACGCCAAAUCCUCAACAAAUUCAGCUUUGAAGAAGUAUCCCCAACUGCUGACGAUCUCCUUCGUCACAUCGCCUCCACCUUCACCUCCCAGGAACCAGCCAGCAUCCCGGCCAAAGCCAUCAUAAGUCUCCUUUUGGGCCCUACGACCCAAAUCGACAAACUCACUUCAGAGGUCAACUCCUUGUCAGCAAGGCACUCCGCAGACAUGAACCACCUCAACAACCACAUCAGCAAGGCAACCCCCACAGCACUCAAUCCCUAA